AUGGAGUGGUUAACGAGCGCUGAGGGUCUGAAUGCCCGUCAAGAGCUGGAGGCGUCCGUUCGUGAGCACCACCCUCACUUGCGUGAUGAGGAGGUCGACCUCAUUGUGGAUGGUCGUCUACUACGCAUGGUUCGAGAGCGCGCGGCGGAGCAAGCACCUGCGAGCAGCCAGCAAGGAGGAACUGGUGAAGGAGGAGCUGUGCAUGAGGCUCCUAGUGCUGUGGGCAUUGGUGGAGGAGCUCUUGCACCGACCAUUGACACGGGAAUGAUCGCCACGAGCUAUGGCCAAUUCAAGUUUGGAGUUGAGCACAUCUCGGUGACGCCGCUGCUGGAGGGAAGGCACGACCUUACCGCGUGGGUCAGCGCCAUCCGACCUCAGCUCCAGAAGGGAGACGAUGUGACAGCGGAAUCCUACUGCAAUAGGGCCCGCACCAUCCGAGCGGAGCUGCUGACCAUUGGACAGGAGGUCCACAUGGCCACGUUUGCCGCCCACGUGCUGAAGGGCCUACCACCGGAGUACGGAUUUCUUCGCCGCAAGCUUGAAAUUUCCAGCCCUGACAUGACGGUGGAACGCGUGUGCAGCGAGGUGUUGAUGGAGGAGCAGACUCUCUCCAUCGAACGGAGUUACAAGCAGAUUACCAGCGAUGCAUCUGCUUUCUCGGACGCUGUCAACACCAUCGUGGCUACAACGGGGGUCAACGGGAAGGAAGGAAAAGGGGGAAGGGAGCAGACGGAUAAGAAGAAGGAUGGCAAGCGGAAGAAGAAGCGAGCCCCCUUCAAGGGGCGCUGCUACAAUUGCAAUGAGGAGGGGCACAUGGCUGCCAAGUGCCCCAACAAGAAGAAAGAUACAACGCCUGCAGCAGCCGCGAACGUAGCUGAAGGAGACGGGAAGGGCGUGGCGCUCACCGUCGCGUGUUCGGCUGCAAAGUUGCUGGCCGACGACAAGGACUUGUGGUUCCUUGACUCAGGAUGCUCUCAACACAUGACCGGCCGCAAGGAGUGGUUCACGGUGAUCCGUGACCCAUCUGCAACGAAAUCAGUCAAAGGGUUUGAUGGUUCUAUGCAGGAAGUUGCCGGUGUUGCAAGGAACGGUGCAACGGCAGCAGUGGCAUGCAACGGCAUGGCAGCUGCAGCGGCAUGCACCGAUAUGGCGGGUGGAGCGACGAGCAACGGUACAGGGGCUGCAUCGGCGUGCAACGGCACGGCGGCUGCAACGGCAAGCAACGGCACGGCGAAGGAGAUUGCUGAUGUGGCGUCAAGCAAGCCGGAAGCUAAAGAUGGAGCAGCCAGCCUCAAGACGUACGCAGUGGGCUCCAAGGCAAAGCCCAACCUGUGGCACGCUCGCCUUGGACACGUCCACUUCGAUGCGGUGAAGCGGACAGCCACGAGCGGUGGCGUGUUCGGUAUGGAUCUGGAGAAAGGAGGUGAGGAUAUGCCGUGCACCUCCUGCCAUGAAGCCAAACUCACUCAUGAAUCAUUUCCGCUGCACGACGAGCGAGAGGAGCAGAAUCCGCUGCCACCACGUACCGUCAUCGUGGUCCCGGUACCGUCUGUACAAGGGGGCAAGAAACCCCUUGAACGCCCGGUGGGCCCUUUGGGCAGCAAGGCACCUACUGCACCUCCUCCUCUUGGUCCACCCUCUGUUGCUGAUUUGGCGCCCGUAGGACCGGCGGAUGGUCCUCUGGAGGUUGACACCAGCAAGGCUGAUCACGAGGAGGAGGAAGAAGAAGAAGUAGCAGUGGAUGAGCAGUCACCUAUGGCCCAUGAGCAUGAGCCUUCACCUGCAGUUCCCCCCUUCCAGCCCAUUCCACCACCCCCACGUCGCUCCAGCAGGCCUAACAAGGGGGUGCCACCCGUACGGUUUCAGCCAUCAGCCAUGACGGCCCUGGAUGCGGAUGAUGAGGACAACCCGUACGACGUGGCAUACCUUGCUGAGGACGAGUGCGACACGGGCAGCGAUGACGACGUGGAAUACCCGGACGAGGAUGAGGAGGAAGGCGCUUGGGGAGGUGUCAUCCUCGACCUAGCAGCUGCGUUGACCGGACCUGAAGGCAAGGAAUGUUUGCCAAUCGUACCAUGA